AUGGCGGCGCGCAAUCGGCUGCUCAUCGAACUUCGCGAGGCGCAACGGAUGACCGACUCUCAAGUCCGCCUGGUCCCAAACCACGAUAAUAUUUACCAGUGGGAGGCGGUGAUCUCGGGGCCCAAAGAGUCUCCGUACCAGAACGGGAAGUGGAAGCUUCGCCUCAUCUGCCCACCGACGUAUCCUCUCUCGCCGCCGACGGUGACGUUUCUGACCAAGUGCUUCCACCCAAAUGUCGAUUUCCGAACGGGUGCGGUUUGUCUGAACAUUCUUCGAGACGGCAGCUGGACGCCUGCAUGGAACCUCCACUACGUUUGCCUGGCCAUCUGCGCCCUCAUGGACAUACCCAACGCCGACAGUCCGCUAAACUGUGACGCAGGUGAAGCAAUCGGCUGA